ACAAAAAACUCAAGUCAGACCUAGACUAGAAAUGGAUCACAACUAUCACCAAAAGAAAGAUGCCAACUUCAUUAUCAGGACAACGCAAUCGCAAAAAGAUCUUUCGACUCGGACCUAUGGAUUUUUGAAGGCAUCUCGAACCGAUACUCCCAUACCGAAGUCGCAUAAGACCUUGCACACAAGCACUCUUAUAGAAAGAUUGCACUCCGUUCACGACCGUAUCGACUUACAGACAGAGUCCGAGCAAAAUGAUCUAUCUAGUUCGGUGUCAACGGACUUAUGGGACUCUAACGAUGUUCCCGUGGAAAAGUCGCCCUUUGAGCUAAAACGUAAACUCUUCGAUUCCGCCGAGUUUACCAUUGCCCAGGGCGUUAAGUUAAGCACAAUGCUAUGUCCCAUCAAUCCUAGUCAACAUACGACUGUUCAUCGCAAAGAUCCCGGUGCGUUUUCUUUGGACGAAAUGGAGUCCUACUGUCGCCGGCUGAACAUUCAAUUUGAUCGAUAGAUUUGCCAGAAUUCAAUUUCUUUCAUUGCAAAUAAAAUGUUUCUUACUCCUUGC